AUGGACAAGAACGCGGGCAAGCUGCUGAGUCGCUUCACCAAGUUGAAAGAGAAGAAGCCUGGACUUCAAACUUGGGUCAGCGUGGGUGGAUGGUCCUUCAACGAUCCCGGCCCAUACCAACAGGCUUUCAGCAACAUGGCCAGUACAGCAGCAAAUCGCAAGACCUUCAUCAACAAGCUCAUCAAGUUUAUGGACACAUACGGAUUCGAUGGAGCUGACUUGGACUGGGAAUACCCUACCGCUGAUGAUCGCGGAGGCAAGGCCGGCGAUUCAGCCAACUUCGUUCUGCUGUCGAAAGACAUCAAGGAUGCCUUUCGUGGAAAGUACGGCUAUACCAUAACGCUGCCGGCAUCCUAUUGGUACCUGCAACACUUCGACGUGUCCAAGCAUCAAGAGUCUGUUGAUUGGCUCAACGUGAUGUCAUAUGACCUUCACGGUGUCUGGGACGCCGCAUCGAAAUACACUGGGCCCAAACUCGCAACUCACACCAACAUCACUGAGAUCAACAUGGCCUUGGACCUCCUCUGGCGCGCGGGGGUCAAACCAAACAAAGUUGUCUUGGGAAAAGGCUAUUACGGCCGCUCGUUUACCCUCACCGAUCCGAGCUGCAACAAGCCAGACGGCUCAUGCACGUUCUCUGGAGGUGCCAAAGAGGGUCGGUGUUCGAAGGCUUCCGGCAUUCUUACUCUACAAGAGAUCCAAGAGCUCAUCAAGGAGAAGAACCUCAAGCCGGUCCAUGAUCUGAAAGCCGGAGUCAAAUGGAUACAAUGGGACAAUGAUCAAUGGGUUUCGUACGACGACCAAGAUACUUUUAGGCAGAAGGCAGAAUUCGCGAACUCGCGGUGCUUGCAUGGACUCAUGGUUUGGGCUAUCGAUCAAGUCGACCAGAACGACAAAAGCCUGAAUUACCCCGACGAAUGGACCGAAGACGACAUUGCAGCAGCCGAGAUUUUCAUCCAAGACGAAGCCGCCCAGGGCGUUUGCUACACGACGCCAUGCGGCGAGAAAUGCGCGUCAGGAGAAUACGAGGCUUCGCAAACGAACGGCCAACCCGGGACGCUUUCAACAAUGGACCGUUGUGGCAAAGGACAGUUCCGUCGGCUGUGCUGCGCCAAAGGCACUAAUAUGGGCAAGUGCCGAUGGCGCGGCUACCGUGGUCUUGGCCUGAGCUGCACCGGUGGCUGUGCCAAAGAUGAAACGGAGAUCACGCAGAACACCAAUCACCACUCGAGCACCGAGGAUCAGACAUGCUCUGGAGGAACACAGAGUUACUGCUGUGCUGGCUUCAAGCCCCCUAUUACUAAAGAGCAGGUCGAAGAUGAGGUCAAGGACAAGGCCAAAGAGGCCGCUUUGGAAGCAGCCGAAGCGUUAGCCUUGGAGGUCGCUGCCACGGCCUUUUGCAGAAUUGCCAUCACGGCCGCCUUGACACCGCUUACCUUUAUCCCCCUUAUUGGAUGGAUCAUACGACUCGCCGUCCAAGCCGCCGUUCCAGCUCUUGCUAAAGUUUGCGCCAAGGGCAUUGCAAAAGCAGGCAAAUCCGUCUUCAAGUUCCGCGGAAAGGAUUACGAUGUGAAGCUCGACAAACCGUUGACUUCCAAAAAGGACCGCGAUCCACCCGCCACCUUCACGAAACCUGCGGCAAGGUGCUCCAAGGUCGACCCCAAGCUCGCGGAACGUGCCCGCCCAUUAAGACCCUUAACAAAGAUCAACAGAAUACAGGGAGAUCCUCAUGAAGAUAUCAAGGUUAGGACUUGUAUCUACAGUGAAGACAGCGGGGAGAUUUCCAUGGGCCAGGCUUGUCUGCACUACAGUUCUGUUAUAAGCCGUCGACCUGCUCUCAGAAGAUUGACGUGCGAUGGUAAAGAUGGCAUUAACAUUCGCGAGGUUAAAGAUUCUUAUUACACCCAACACAAGACCGAGUGGAUCAAGGGUCACAUGCAAGGUGACCCAAACCUGUCCUGCCAGCGGGACGAAUUCCCACCCGCCGUGAUUUGGCAAGCUCGCGAUAGAAAUGUGUGGAUUCGCCUCAUUCCCUCUGGGCAAAACGGCGACGCCGGGCACCUGUUCAGCCGUAUCUGCGACGACAAAGUGGCUACUAAGACGGUAAAGAGCCUGGUUGAAAAAGUCAAGUGUGAUAAUGGCAAAGUCGUCGAGAAAUGGGACCACACGGAGUACGCACAGCUCCAGAUUUUCAGCCUGGAAUUCUCAAACAUGCCGAGAGAUAUUGUCGAUCAAGGGAUCACGGCCAAUCCGUGCUGGCCCAAGGACCUCGUGGACGACCCGGGUUUCGCUCUCAUGACCAACGAUCCUUGGUACGAUCGUGCAGCCAACCGUCCCCGCAAGAGACAUACGGCAAACUACGGAAACCCAGACUAUGCUGGCCUGGGCUACCCUCCGGGGCCCCCCGCCGUCAAGAUGAAGCGAGGCCUCGGCUUCAGCCCCGAAGACCUCUACGUCGACGAAGGAAACUCGUCUCGCCUACCCACCGAAGAAGAGCUGCGCACCGAAUUCGGUCUCGUGCGCUGUCAAGGCGAAGACUGCGAGCCCGAGAUGAAGCAACUUGGUUUCGCCUCUCUGCCCAUUAUCCCAAACUCGUUUGUCUGGCCACCCAAGUCUCACGAGCCGAGUACUACGCUGGCGGCUACGCCAACAAUCACCGUGGCUGCUACUGCGUCUGCGUAUGCGCCGACGACUACGAGCACGGUUGUUCAGGCUGUUACGCAGGUUCUUUCUGCGGCGCGCGAGUUGAUUACCGAGUCGGUAGAGUAUGCGUUCUAUGAUGAGGAGGACUAG